GGUGGUGAUCAACAACAGCAAGAUGGGGAGAAGGGGGUCCUCGAGCUGGUCGUGCGCAGCCAGAUCGUCGACGGCAUGGUGCCCGUCGCGGAGCUGGACACGCGCCGGCUGGACGUGGGCUGGGGCACGUUCAGGGCGUCGAUGAAGGUUAGCCAGGUGCCGGGGACGUGCGCGGCGUUUUUCUGGGUGAGUUAGCUCGUUGGCUGUUUCUUGUUCAUGCUGUUUCUGUUCUACCAAUCUCUUCUGGUAGACAGAGGUCAGACCUCGCUCAGCUGACCGGGCCAGGGCAGUACUUCAACGACACGCAGGAGAUCGACAUGGAGUUCCUGUCCAAGGACUUCAACGCGUCCAACGGCAGCUACCCGGUCAACCUGGUGCUGCAGUCGCGGGAGGCGGCGUUGGCAGGCUACAACGCGGCGAAGUCGGGCAAUUUCAUCCGCGCAGACCUGCCCUUCGACCCGACCGGCGAUUUCCACGAGUACCGCAUCGACUACCUGCCGGGACGCGUGUUCUUCUACGCCGACGGCGAGGCGCUGGCCGAGAUGACGGGGUCGGCGGUGCCCUCGUCGCUGGGACACUUGAUCCUGCAGCACUGGAGCAACGGGAACAAAUACUGGUCGGGUGGCCCGCCGUCGGAGGACGCCACGCUGGAGGUCCGCUAUGUCAAGGCGUACUUUAACUCGUCCGUGGCGCAGGGGCAGCAGGGCUGGGAGAGCCGAUGCCGGGAUCCAACUGCCGCGAACGCCGUCUGCGUGAUCCCCGACGUGACGCGGAGCAACUCAUCCGCUGCCGGCUGGUUUUUCACGGACCAUGGGAACAUGACGGUCAACCAAACAACGUCGGAGGAGAGCGCGGCGUCGAGGCUGGCGAGGGCCGGAUGGCUGUCUACGUGGUCGACUUUGGGCUUGCUCUGGGUAAUAAUGGGGGGGCUGGCCGUUGCCUCAUGAUGAGAAUUGAUCUGGUGCUUGAUGACCGUGUCCAUAUGAUUUAACGCGUCUAAGUGACCCCUUAAUUGCCCCGCGCCUAUAUGACACCAGCAACUACUACCGGGCCAACUACUCUCUCCUUCCUACUGCAGUUACGCAUGCCUACCGCUGCUGCGAACGUGCGCCAGCCCCCUUCCCCAUCCAACAGGUGGCCGAGCAGGGAACGAGAAAACUCACUCAGCAGAGGCAAACAUAUAAAUAGCCACAUACAGUUGAGAAUGAAG